ACUCAGUGCUGAACAUCUGGGAUUGAUCAUAGGAUCACAAACCGAGAAGUAGUCAUCUGGCUCCUAGAAAUAAACACAUUCAGUCCCUCUGCCACAACAUUACUUUCUUAAUGAUAAAAUGCAACAGCCAUUUUAAGUCCUUCUAAUGUUUUCAGCCACAGUAUUUUUAACUUUUUGGUAAUUUUUAGUGUUAUUUUUCCACAUCAGAUGACAGUAAAUUGCAUUUGACCUUGGACUGGUGGCGUUUGGGAUUGCCCACGGAACUGAUUCACUACUUUCCUUCAAAAUUUUCUGGUACAAUGGUAGUCUUGCAAGUCCACUUUUUGCUAAUUCCAUUCCUCAUGAGCAUCAUGGGAGCAGCACAGUACCUGAUGCAGGAUGCAGCCCUGCUGAGCUACAUUGACCAACGUUUCCUGUCUCUGGAGAAGAGGCUGGAGAAAUGCAACCAAGACGUGCUGGAAUACGUGGAGGAAUUCCGAGACUUUUCCAAGACGGUGCUGUCCCGCCUGGCAGGGCUGAGCACUGCUAAGGCUGAGGUUAAGAGUGAAGUAGAGAAUUUGCUGUCGAGGAUUGACCACGCACAGAGGGACAUUGACUAUUUUGGAUCUGUCACAGAUUCCAAUGCUUGCAUAGAAGUCCACGAAGACCUGGUGAAACAGCAGCUGCUUGAAGAGGCAGAAGAAAAAAAGAGACUUAAACUCAUGCUAAAUGCAAGUUGUGACCAUGUGCUUGCAGGUAUUAGGUCCUUAAAGGUAGUUAAGAAGACUGGAGGAAAGCAUGGCUCUUGGAUGAAAGAUCCUGGCAAAAAGCACACAAAGAUUUAUUUAUUAAGUGGCUCUGUAAAUAAUAUGAUUUUGGAAUUUGCAAAUAUCAUGACUUUCAUGGAAAACAAUCACACACUGAAGGCUCGCACAAUCCCCUUGCCAUUGCCCUGGGAAGGAACUGGCCACGUCAUCUAUCAGGGUUUCCUCUUCUACCACAGAUACGGCUCCUUAAAUGAGAUCAUUAAAUUCAAUAUCCAGAGAAGAAAUGUAGCUGACCAAAUGCUGCUGCCGGGGGCUGGAAGGAUUCCUGCCUACCAGCUCUCUCCACAGACAAAAAUAGACCUGGCUGUUGACGAGCAGGGGCUGUGGGCACUCCAUGCAGAACCAGAGACCGGGGGAAACAUCGUCAUCACCAAAAUCAACCACGUAACCAUGGCCGUGGAGCACUCCUGGGACACUCCCUGCAGCAGCAAGGAUGCUGAGGCAGCUUUCAUGGCCUGCAACACACUCCACGUGGUCUACAACUCUCCUUCUGGAGGCACCUCCCGCAUCCAGUGUAUUUAUGAUGUUUUGGAUGCCCUAAAUACUUACAUGAACCCAGGACUGCACUUCCCCAAACGCCAGGGGAGCCAUUCCACCGUACACUACAAUCCUAAGGAGAAGCAGCUCUUUGCCUGGGGUGAUGGAUCCCAGAUCAUUUACAAGCUUCACACAGAGCAAAAGGUUUAGAAUAUUUAGCAGCUUCUUAAAUAGACUUUAAAGCCACCAGUCCCAGGUCAACAUAGCCAUUAAUGUGUAUUAAAAUGACACUAUUCCCAUCUGUUACAACUUUCAUCUCUUUUGCAUAACUUAAGGCUUACCUGCCACAGUAAUCUUAAUGUCCAAAAAAAAUAUGUGAAGACUCCAUUAAUAUAAAUUACACGAUGACUAAAUACCACACAUGUACAACCCCCUCACACACACAAAUUAGUCUUAAAUUUUAAGGUUAAUUUAAAAAAGAAUAACCCAUUUCUGACAAGUUCUCUUCCUAUUGAAACUAUAUUUUCUGCUCCAGUGCCAUGGAAAUUAAAUAAGAAAUCCUUCCUGUCCAAAACACAGUCUGACAACCUUCACAGAUCUGAAGAUCAUUGUAGAAAGCCUUCUAGUAAGCAAUAUAAAAUCACAUGCUUCCAGAGAAAUUAGAUAGAAGUUUUAACAGGAGAGGUUUAUCUUACCACAAAGCAUAGGAAUAUACACGUCCACAAACAUGGUUUAUACUUAACAUAAAACUCUCAUACAUCACAUCAAGGCUACUCCUAAUCAUUGAACUUCUAGAGUAUUUCCAUGAAAAUUCCACAUUUCUUAUCCAUGUAGCUGUACAGACCACUGUUGAUCCUGCCAGUACAUUAGCUGCAGCCAAAUAUUCACCUUUAUCAGCUUCAAGUUGUCACUUCUCACUAUUUUUUGAAUGCAUCACUGUUUGUGUGCCAGAGGGAAUGUUUCUGGGUGAAGUGUUCUCUAGCAUACACUACUUUUAAAGGUUUUUACAUGUCACUUUUGGGUGUUUUUCUCAUUAGUUCUCUUUCAGCAUCUACUUUUGAGGCAUUUUCCCCAACGCUUCAAGUCGCUUCCAUUGAUUAUAGCAGAAUCUUUCUCAGCCUAUCCUCCAGCCCCUGGAAAAGGUGGCUCAGAGGAGCACAAGAGUGCAGGUGAGGGCAUGGCACUGCUCAAUCCUGGGUUUGUGAGUCACAGAUAAACUCCAGGUAUUUUGUUUCAAAAAUAAUCUUUAAAAUGUUAAAUAAUGUUUAAAAAAAAAAGGCUUUUAGUGUGAAAUAGAGGUACAGACUAUAUUUUUAAAAUUAUUUUAAUGACAGCUGCAUUUCUGUCUAACAGCAAACACACAAACAAACACACCAAAAAAAAUCCCCCCAGGAAAACCACAAAUAAUGGUACUUGAAAAGUGAUCCACAGCUGUUCCUACAGAAAGCCCAUUUUGUUCAUUACACUGAAAGAGCUGUUGUUCUGCUUAAAAACAGCAUCCACAGAAGAGCCAGACAUCAGGGAAUGAUUUUGAAAAGGAGUUCCAGAAUAAAAUUAAGAGUGUAUAGACUGCUGGGCUGCAACAGUGAUACUCUGCCUUUAGCAAAAGAAACUAUCUCAUUCUAAGCAGGCUUGAUGACUAGAGCAUUGUUUCAGUGUUACAGCAGACAUAGGAUGCACAGCUAAAGACGUCCUCAGGCUGGAAGGAAGGUGGGCUGGCACUGGUUUCCUGUGUGAACGCCAGUUAAAGGCAGUAUUUGGCCAUUUAUUCCUCGUCUGUAAAAUUACAAACAUGUAAAUGCAAAAUGGCAUCAGCCACCUUUGGAACACUUUGAGAACUUUCACUGGAAAGGAUGUGUAAUUUUCUUUAUUUAAGAAAUAAAGUCUUUGGAUGUAAA